UCUAACGUGCGCCUCUAGGUUAUAUCCUUUUAACCUACUCAUCUCUAUCUCAUUUAUCUCCAAUUUUGCCCUUCACUAUAUUCCCCCCAUUCCUCCUGUUUUCUAUUUUUCUUUCCCACACAACUCAUUCAAGCUCAAUCGAAAGCAAAAGGGUUUUAUUUGUCUCAGUCGCUCUUGCUCUCUCUCUCUCUACCCGAUCAUCCAUGGCCGCUCGUUCCAGCUCUGAUUCUCGUCCUCUCAACCUUUCCGUUGCCACUUCCAAUCAGAUCCCCAAAGAUGGUCAGGGAUUUGACAAUCCCAUCCCUCUUUCACCACAAUGGCUUCUGUCUAAGCCGGGAGAGAGCAAGCCAGGAAUAGGAACUGGGGAAAAUCCUCCAAGCUCAAAUUUUCCAUAUGGAAAUCGCACAGAUUUCUUGAAACCAGCAGGCAACGGUGAGGAGACUCAUGAUACCCAGAAGAGAAAAGAUGUUUUUCGACCAUCCUUGCUGGAUAUGGAAACUGGUCGACGUGACCGCUGGCGAGAUGAAGAAAGGGACACCAAUUCCUCUAUGCGAAAAGAUAGGUGGAGGGAUGGAGAAAAAGAACAUGGCGACCCUCGUAGGGUGGAACGUUGGACAGACAACAAUUCAUCCACUAGACACUUUGGUGAAGGGCGUCGUGCUCCAUCUGAGCGAUGGGCUGAUUCAAGUAACAAGGAUUCCAAUUACGAACAGCGUCGUGAAAACAAGUGGAACUCUCGUUGGGGACCUGAUGAAAAAGAGGCAGAAGGUUUGCGUGAGAAAUGGAUGGAUUCUGGUAAAGAUGCUAACUCAUAUCUUGAUAAGAGGUCUUCAAUUGUUGCUAAUCAUGGAAAAGAAGAAAAGGAAGGGGACCAUGUUCGUCCUUGGAGAUCCAGCACAUUACAAGGUCGAGGAAGGGGAGAACCGCAUAACCAAACACAAACCUCAAACAAACAAGUACCUCCAUAUUUGUAUAAUCGAGGUCGUGGGGAAAAUGCACCUCAUUCAUUUUCUCUUGGCCGUGGGAGAGUUAGUUCUGGAGGAGCCACUGCAAAUAUUUCUUCGCAUUCUCAGUCCCAGGGCACCUUUUCAGACAAAGGUGAAAGUGGUCAUGGAGAGCAUUCACAUUUGAAGUAUAGUAGGACAAAGUUACUUGAUGUGUACAGAUUGGGUGAUUUGAGAUCAUUCCGGAGACUAGUGGAUGGUGCAGAAGUUCCUUCCCUUACAGUGGAUGACCCGGUUGAGCCUCUAGCUCUGUAUACACCAAGUCCUGAGGAAAUGGUGGUUAUUAAGGGAAUUGAUAAAGGGGAUAUUGUAAGUAGUGGCGCUCCACAAAUAUCCAAAGAAGGACGGGGCCAGACGGAUUUUAUGCAAUCAAGACGAACUAAGCUUGGUAGUAAAGAAGAUUUACCUCAAGGUUUUGAAGAUUUUAAGGAUGAAAACUCUGCCAUUUCAAAAGUUGAGAGAGAAGAUGGUGGAUCUUUUAAAAAGUCUGACGAAGCGACUAUUAGUAGGGAAUCAAACUCGUCAAGUAUGCAGGAAAAUGUUUCUGCUCAUCCUGGUGCUACAUGGAGAGCCCAAUCACUGAAUGAACCCUCUCAUAUGGUCGUGCAUGAUUGGAAAGAGACUCCAACUGAUGCUAAGUCAAGAACACCUGAGAUGGGUUGGUCACAUCUUCAAAAGAAUCUUAAUAAUGAAUGGGAAAGUAAUACGGCUGAUUCAUCUUUAACCAAAACUGGGGCAAAGUGGGAAAGCAAUGAGGAUCAUAUCAUUAGAAGACAACCGUCUGGAGUCCUGGACAGAGAACAGGAUGUAAGGAAACCUCUGCAGCCUUCUCCAGAAGAGUUACAACUUUGUUAUGUAGAUCCUCAGGGUAUGAUUCAAGGCCCUUUUGCUGGGGCUGAUAUUAUUGGAUGGUUUGAGGCUGGAUACUUUGGUAUAGAUUUACAGGUUCGCCUGGCAGGAGCAUCCAAUGAUGUACCAUUCGCAUCCCUUGGUGAUGUGAUGCCCCAUCUUCGAGCGAAAGCCAGACCCCCACCUGGAUUUGCUGCUCCUAAACCAAAUGAAGUUUCUGACACAGGAAGUCGGCCAAACUUUGGCAGUGUUAAUAAAACUCAUGCUGGUUUAAGCGACAUAGAUUUAAUGAGAAAUGAACCUAGGCUUAAACAUCAUGGUUCAACUACAGAAGCUGAGAAUAGGUAUUUGGAAUCACUGAUGUCUGGUACCUCACCUCUCCAGAAGAUUGCAUUUUCCGAAGGUUUGCAAGGUUAUGUUGGCAAUAAUGCUCAUACCUUGCCGCAAUCUGGAGUGGACAACCUACUUGCCAAGAGAAUGGCUCUUGAACGUCAGAGGUCAUUGCCUACUCCUUAUCCAUAUUGGCCAGGUAGAGAUUCAGCAUCCUUAGUUCCGAUGUCAGAGAUGGCCACUGACUCCAAACUACUACCACCAGUGACAGAUAAUUCUUCCCAGCCUCAUUUGCAGAAUGCUGACAUGAUGUCUGUCCUCCAAGGUUUAUCUGAUCGGUCAUCAUCUGGUGUAAAUAAUAAUGUUGCUGGUUGGUCAAAUUUUAAUGCCCAAAGUGGGUCAGAUCUACUACAGACAAAGAUGGAAUUGCGUCAUGAUCAGAGUUUUGCUCCACCUCAGUCUCCUCAUGGGAUCCAUCAACAAAGGUUGCAGCUGCAGAAUCAACCAUCUUUACCCAAUCUGUUUCCUCAGGUUGUUGAUAAUACACAAGGCAUUCCAACACCGGACAAGUUACUGCCUUCUAGUUUAGCACAGGAUCCACAGCUGUUAAAUAUGCUACAACAGCAGUACCUGUUGCAGUUACAUUCUCAGACACCUGUUCCAGCACAGCCAAUAUCAUUGUUUGAUAAAAUUUUGUUGCUUAAGCAGCAGCAGAAACAGGAAGAGCAGCAAAUGUUUUUAAGACAACAGCAACAGCAACAGCAACAGCUGCUUUCUCAUGUUCUGUCGGAGCAUCAAAACCGCCAACAUUUUGGGGAACUAUCAUUUGGGCAAUUGCAGGUUCCAGCAAUACCGAAAGUGAAUGCAUCUAUUGAUCCUCGUAUUCAACCACCUCAAGACCUGUUUCCAGUUGGUUCAAAUAUGGCAGUUCCCAGUAUUCAGCAUGAAGUGUCUGCAGGCUUAAUGAAUUUCUCUCCACAAGUUAAUCAGGAUACACGUUAUAAUGCAAGUUCCGAAGCCUCUUUACAUUUACCUCAUCAAAUGUUUGACAAUGUUACCCAUCAAAAGAGUUGGGGUGGUACUGUUGCAGAACAGGUUGGUGAUGGUUGUCAGAAGGAUUCAUUGCCAAAUUCAAGCUCAUCAUUGCAUGAGGUGAGGAACAAGGCUACUGAGGAAUUACUUGUGCAAAAAUCCAUAUCUGAUUCUGAUAGCAUUAUGACUAAAUCACAAGGGAUGCCUUCUGAAAGCCCAUUUAGAUCUGAAAGAAACAUCAUGGUUCCCAGAUCUGGGUUAAAUGCAGAAUCUUCUGCCUUGGAGCAUCCUGGAGUUAUGCCUGAAUCAGAAGUGUGUGCAAGUGAAAUUCCUAAAGUGGCAGAUGCAAAUGAUGUGAAUAUACAGUUUACUAGUGCAGUAGAAGAAGAGAAGGUUGCCAUGGAAAAGAACACUGAGCUCUCUACAAUGACAGAAGUAAAAAAUGCUGAAGUUCGUGAACCGAAAAAGGCUUCUGAGAAGAAAUCUAAGAAACAGAAAUCUGUAAAAGCACAAUUGUCUGAGCAGGCGAAGGGGGCCAAGACUGUCUCUACUCAGCAAUCAAAGCAGUUGGAAACUGAAAGGACUGUUGUUGGUGACAAUAAGUUGGAGGCUGAAGUUGGUGCAGGGGAUGAGAUAUAUGGGUCAUCACCACAUCUGUUAAAAGACAAUGGGGUCAAUAAAUCGAGGAAUGCUGGUGUUGAGGUUGAUGAAUCCCAACCAAUUCAGAAAAUGGCUGCAAGUACUCAAGUUCCUCACACCGGGUCUGUUGCAGCUGGGCAGCGGGCAUGGAAACCUGCUCCUGGUUUCAAAGCAAAGUCAUUGUUAGAAAUUCAACAAGAAGAACAGAAUAGAGUGCAGGCAGAUAUAGUUGUGUCGGAGAUUGCUACAUCUGUUAACUCCUUGAGUUUGUCUAGUGCUCCUUGGGCUGGAGUUGUGGCCAGUUCAGAUCCAAAAGUAUCUAGAGAGGUUCAGAGAGAUGUAGGUACUGCUGUGUCAAGUGUUGGGAAGCCUGACAGCACUUUGAACCCAAAGAGCAAGAAGAGCCAGUUGCAUGAUCUAUUGGCUGAAGAAGUUUUGGCGAAGUCUACUGAAAUGGAUUUUGAUGUUUCUGCUACUAUAUCAAGCAUAUCACAGGUUGCAACUCCCAUUUCAGAACCUGUGGAUGAUGAUAACUUCAUAGAGGCGAAAGACACUAAAAAGAGUCGUAAAAAAUCUGCUAAAGCUAAGGGAGCUGGAAGUAGGAUCUCAGCUUCUAGUGCAUCUGUUGAUGUGCCUAUUAGUUCAAGCCCUGUUGAGAAAGUCAAAAGCUCCCGACCUACACAGCAGGAAAAGGAAGUAUUACCUGCAAUCCCAUCAGGGCCUUCCUUGGGAGAUUUUGUUUUUUGGAAGGGAGAGCCAGCAAUUCCUCCUCCUUCUCCAGCAUGGUCUACAGAGUCUGGAAAGGUUCCAAAACCAACAUCUUUAAGGGAUAUUCUGAAGGAGCAAGAGAAAAAGGUAUCUUCUGCACAGCAAGUGAAUCAAGUACCAACUCCUCAGAAGGCACAGCCAACCCAUCCCCCACGCAGCAGUGGUCCUUCAUGGUCUAUUUCUGGCUCAUCUCCAUCUAAAGUUGCGUCUCCUAUGCAGAUUAAUUCACUUGCUUCUCAGUCACGACACAAGGGAGAUGAUGACUUAUUUUGGGGGCCGAUUGACCAAACAAAGCAAGACAAUAAACAGGCAGAUUUUCCUAAUCUCUCUGGCCAGGGUAGUUGGGGUAUGAAAAACAAUCCUUCAAAAGCAACAUCAGCAGGGUCCUUAAACCGGCAAAAGUCAAUGGGUGGCAAAGCCACUGAGCGAGCUGCUCUUUCAUCGUCACCUGGCUCUGUACACUCAUCUCUAAAAGGGAAAAGAGAUGCCAUGAGCAAGAGAUCAGAGGCCACAGGUUUUAGAGAUUGGUGUGAGAGUGAGUAUCUUCGCCUUAUGGGUAAUAGAGAUACAAGUUUCCUCGAAUUUUGCUUGAAACAAUCAAGAUCAGAGGCUGAGGUUCUUUUGAUAGAGAACCUUGGAUCAUUUGAUCCUGAUCACAAGUUCAUUGACAAAUUUCUCAACUACAAAGAGUUGUUACCUGCGGAUGUUCUUGAAAUUGCCUUCCAAAGUCGAAAUGAUCAAAAUGUCACUGGGUUCAGUGCUGGAGACAUGAGUUCCGACUUUGCCAGUGUUGGAGAUGUUGAUCGAGAUGCCAAUGCAGGUGAUGGGUUCUUGAAAGGUGGGAAGAAGAAGGGGAAGAAAGGAAAGAAGGUUAGCCCUGCUGUUUUGGGAUUUAAUGUUGUCAGUAACCGGAUCAUGAUGGGUGAGAUUCAGACUGUGGAAGAUUAGGAAAAGUUAAGAGGCUGUUGUAAAUACAUUUUGGUUUUGAACUGUUGUAUAUGGUUUUUCUUCUAGGACUUUUGUUUUCCUUCAUAGAGCCAGCCACAGCAAAGCAGCAGCUAUUUUAAUCUGCUUUAAGCGAUUUUGUGUACUUUUUUCGGUGUUAAGAGUACUGUUUAUUUUGUUCACUAGAAAACCUGAGCGGGGUUACAAUAGGUUGAUGUUUUAAUUUAAUUCAUUUGCUUUAUUAUGCGA